UGAAGUACAGGUGCAUCAUUUUUCAUCAAGUUUUCAUCAGAGAUGUUACCUUUUCAUUAAUUUAUUACCAUUUCAGAUUAAUUGACAUCAAAACAAUUUGAACUGUUAAUUUCGUCCAAGAUGAAAAUUUGUCAGCAGUACUUUUUUUUCGAAGCUGAAAUGAUUUGAAUGGUUUAUAGAUCUAUUUCAUAUUUUAUCAAUGGAUUUAUGGAAAAUUACACGAAAGAUAUGACAUCUGUGAACGAUUUAAUUAUAUUUUGAACAAAUAGUUACGCUUUGUACCAUGGAGUUGUAGUUUAUUGGAUUUCAAGAAUUUGUUUAAAAAUGGAUUACUGAUUUUUUUGUCUGACAAGUAUGUUUGUUCAGAUUUUGACAGAUGCGUUGAAUAACAGUUUUUAAAAGUAAAACAACAGAGACUGAUUUAAACAUUUUGUUUCUUGUUAACAAUUAAUACUUCCUUUUUUAUAUCCUGGUAAACAUUGAGUUGUAUGGAUUUUAUCAUUCAGGUGUACAGUAAUCCUUAAGUGAUGAUGUUUUGACAUAGUUGAAACUUUACCUAAAUUCUUUAACAGGAAAAUAAUUUGUUGCAUAGAAAUUUGCUGUUGCAUAGAAUAUAUAGUAUUUGUAAAUAUUUUCCUGAAGGAGACAAAAAAUGCACAGAAAUUUGAAUUAUUUAUAGAAUUGACAUAAUUCAAGAAACUUGCAUAUGGUGAUAUUAUAAGAAAUAGUGCAUUCAGUAAAAGGAUAAGAUUUUACAUUGGUUUCAAAUUCAGUGUCAAAAUCUAAAUAAAGACUGAGAUAAAAGGGAAUAAACGUAGACAAACAAACAAACAAACGAUUGUUGCAAGUUGUUUUGAGAGGUUUGAAUACACAAGGACAUUGUUAACCAAUAGAUGCAUUGAAGAAAAAAGAAUUCAAUUGAUCAAGAUCAAACGCUGGAGAGAUCAUAGCUUUAUUGUUACUGGGAAAUACAGGUGUUUUAUCUCGUUAAGUGUCCAACUAAAACCCUAUCAUUCAAUUGUUUCGCAAUGCUAGAAACAUUUGAUCAGUAUUGAUAAAGUGUGGUGUUAGAUUCCACGUAAAGACUUAGACAUUCCAUAACAUAUCAUUGUCUAACUGAAGGAAAAUUAAACAGUUCAAUAAUGUAUAUAUCAAUCAAUUCCUCAAUUAGGAGCAUGAUAGAUAAUUGAUUCUCUCAAAGAAGGGUUCUGUUGGUUUAAUUGAUCUCUGAAAUUCAACAUUAUAAGAAGCAAAAGUUGUAUGGAAACAAAUAAUUUUUUGGAUACAAAAUAUCUUAAAUUAUUGAAGAAAUAUUGAUUACUUAAUAUUCUGAGGUUUUUCCAGACAUCUUUAAUAGACAGUGCGUAGUGUUAUCUUUGCUGGAAUUUGAAUAGACUGUGCAUAUUGUUGGAGUGAUUUUUACCUUUACCUAAACUGAUUCAUGAAAUUGAGUUUAAACAAACUUUUAAGACAUUUUAGUCACAUGUAAUUAUUUCUCAUAAUAAAACAGGACCUUGCAUAAAGAGUCAAACCAUAUUGCACUUUAAGGAAUUCUUUUUAUGAACUUAAGAAUACAUGUAUGGAAGACCUUUAAUUCUUAGAAAUGUGAUUGAUUUCAAAUAUUUCAACAUACCACACUAUAAGAAGUGCUUCAGUGUUUGCUAAGUAAAUUUUGCAAACAUAUGUAGAAAACCUAUUUGAAAUCUGGAUUAAGCUGUGUUUAAAGAAAGUGGCAGUCGAUUGAUAAUUGGGAGAUUGUCACCAAUCAUCAAUUUCAACAAAGAUAUGAAUUCACAGUAAAUUAUUUGUGAAGAGGUCUUUUGUUCGGGAGUUUGUGGACAUUUUUACAAGUUUGACCUGUGAAGAUUUAAAUCUUUUGUAAAUGACCACCCAAUAAUUAGGAUUUGUAAACCAACUCUUCAUUAUUGAAAUUUGACUUAGUUGUGAAAUGAUUUAGCAUGAUAUGUUUUGAUUAAAAGGAUAUGAACUAAAUCAUUUUGACAGCUGGAGAUUAAUAUGGAAAAUAUUUCGUAACUUUUUAAUCUUUCUUGUGAUUUGUUCACUGAAGGAUUAAAAAAUAAAUCAGGACACUAAUCGUAAAAAGGAUUGUAAGUUGUAAAUAUUUUGACUGUGGGUAUAAAAGAUACUUACCGUAAUUAUGCCACGGAAAAAGAAACAAAAAGCCAAAAAUAUAAACAGACAAAUCUCAGCUCCAGAGAUUAAGAAUGAGAAGUCAGGGAAAAAGAAGAAACUGCAUACUGUCCACUCUGCAGGUGAUGUUUAUAAAUAUGAUUACGAUGCAGAUUAUGAAUCUCCAAAGAAAUCUAAUAGCAGACCAACUUCACCUGUGCCAUUCUUCAUGCCAAUUCUUGCUGACUAUGGAUUUUCUUGGCCAAGACGUAAAAGUCCAUUUAAGUCUACAAGUAGUGAGAAAAAUAUUGUAAGUCCAGUAUCAUCUCCUGACAGUGGAUUUCCAGGUUCUCCUUGUCAGGUCGUUCCUACAGAGGAAAUAAAUAACGGGGAACAUACUGACUCUUCAAAUGGAAUUUUGUCCUCUGAUCCAUGUGAUAGCGACCAUGAGAAGGAAAGUGACAAGGAAAACCUUGAAGUUGAUCAUGUGAUGGCAUCAUUGGAUGACAUCAUUGAAAACGAAGAAUUUGAUGAAGAUGUUAAUGGUAACUCUGUUACCAAUGGUGACAUAAAUGAGGAGAUUAAAUCAGUUAUUUUCUCUGAUGAUGAAGAGUCUGAGACUUUUUCUGUCAGAAAAUUCAAAGUAAAAAAUCUGAUAUUAGAUUAUGAGAAAAAGAAAAGUACUGAUCAGACAAUUUGUAACAAUAAUGGUUAUGACAAACAGUGUAUACACAUGAGCACGGAAAAACUUGACGUGUUAGAUAAUUUUUCGAAGUCAGAAAAUUUUCAGGAAAAUUUUAAAAGUUUCAGUACAACAACUUUAUUUGAAGAUACAAACAAAAACAGUUUGGAAGUUUUAACAAAAAGUAACAGUAUUAAUUCACUGAGUCCAAUUAUAAAAGAUGGUAAAGGAUCAAAUUCUGGGAAAAAGGUCAGAUUCAUGAUAGAUUCAGUACCAAUCAGAAAGUCUAUAAGUUGUGAUGUUUUAGAGACACCAGGAGCAGGAGAGGUUUGUGAAUGGGAGGUUACUGUGAAAGAGAUUGAUAUUCCACAGCAUGAUGGUCAAGACAAGAUAGAAUGUCCUGUUAAACAUAGCUAUCAAAUCAUGGUGUGUCAUCACCCAGACUGUACUGAGCCUAACGGUAAUGCCGCCUUACUGCUUUGUGGAGAUUGUGAUAAAUCUAUCCAUUCUAGAUCGGAACUUGGUAACAGCAGCCAUCUUGUUUUCGAUGCACCAAAACGCAAAAAUAAUACAGCAAAUGGAGCACUGCCUCGAGGAAAAUCUACGCCAAACUUAAAUACUGAAAACAGUGACAAUGAGAACAGAGAAACAGAUACUGGUAACCAAGGUGAUCAGACAGAUGGCAUGUAUAACAAAAGAGCAGAAGCCUACAAAUUUCAAACUCCUGCACCUACGUCCAGUUUAGAAGCUAAAUUGAAACGCAAGAAAGUUCUCAAGUCUAAAAGACGUCAUACAGACGGUGAACAACCAAUCAAAAAUGAUUAUGAAGCAUUUUCUGAUUACUCUGACGAUGAAAGUGAUCAGAGCCCCGGGUUAGCUGACGACGUUAGCAGAUAUACAAAAGGAAAUGGGAAGAAAGUCCUGCGGCCUAAAUCUGAGGAUUUAGACGCCGGUUCUGUUAGUCAAAGAGCUUUACAUAGACAAUCAAAGACUGUUAUUAGUGAUGAAUGUUUUACGCUGAGGUUUUUGGAUCGUGAAAAUGAUGUUGAAAUAAUGGCUGCUGUGAAAGGAGUUAGUUUGAGAUCUGCCAUACAGACGAGCUUAGAGAGAAGAGGUUUGAACAUCAACAACAUCAACAUCUACGUCGAAGCUUCUAAAACUCCAUUACCGCUAGAAUGUGAAUCAUUUCUCCUCGGUGGCAAUACACUCAAUAUAAAAGAAAAGGAGUCAGAUGGAGUUUUUGGGAAGAGCUCAUCAUCCAAACAGUCUGGUGGCAGUAAAACUGGAUCUAUAUCUAAGGGAUCAAAAUCAUCGAUGGCCAGAAGAGAGUCCUUUUUUGGACGAUCUGGUAGUGGUAUGCUUGAGCCUCCUGUUCCUUCGAAGCAGCGACGUAACUCUUUGUCCUUUCCCUUUUUCACUAAUUCUCCUAAAGUAGCAAAUGAAGAUUUGAAGGCGCAGGAUGAUGGAAGCUCUGUUGGAAGUUUACGGAGCAGACGUGGGAUAAAUCUAUCUAUAGAUGAUACAUGUCCAAUUCCACAGACUUUGUCACAGUCAGUCAGUCCACAGGGAACUUUAAGUGGGACCUAUAAUGAAGGGAAACGGAUCAAAGAAAGGAGCAAGCUGACAAAUCUAUUCAGUCCCAGUACAUCAAAGGACCGUGAGAAACAAGAUCAGUUGAACGAGUUGCUAAACAACUAUAGUACAAAUGGAAUCCCACAUAUGCCAGAACUGCUUACUCUUGGACGAGAGACACAGUCCGAAAAAGAAGAUAUGUUCGAAAUGGAACCUCACUGGAGCUCUAUUGUAGAGAAUGCAUCAGGUCUUACAAAACGACAGCAUGAUCAACAAGAGGCCAUAUGGGAACUCUUACAGACUGAAAUCAAUUAUAUAAAAACACUCAGGGUUAUAACAGAUCUAUUUUUAUGUGUGAUAUUGAAUUUACAAAGUGAAGGACUUCUGUCUGAGAUUAAAACUGAACAAUUGAGCAAUGUUGGUGAAAUUGUUUGUGUUAACUGUGAUUUCUGGGAGUCGACAUUAGUCCCAGUGUUAGAGGAAGCUAGAGAAAGUCGUCUACCCUUAAAUCCAUCUAUAAUGAGAGAUGGUUUUAAAAAGUUUCCAGAAACAUUUACACCUUAUAUAAAAUACUGUGUAGAACAGAAGUCUUCUACAGAUUUUAUAAAAGCUAGAUAUGCUGAAAAUGAUUUAUUUAAAACUUAUGUUGUGUGGGCGGAGUCACAACCUCAAUGUAAACGUCUCAAGUUAACAGAUUUACUAGUCAAGCCGAUGCAGAGGAUUACCAAGUACUCACUUUUAUUACAAGCCAUCCUCAGGAAAACAGAGGAGGAUAAACAAAGAAGAGCUCUCUUAGAAAUGAUUGCAAGUGUGGAUAAGUUUGUCUCUAGUGUAAAUUUAACAUUAAAACAUCGACAUGACCAAGAAAGAUUGGCGUCCAUCAUUACAAAGAUUGAGUCUUACGAUGCUGUAGAGGCUCCAAAUGAUGAAUCACUUAAAUUUAUACAGGAAUACAAUACAAACUUUGACCUUAGAGCUCCGAUGCCAGGAUGUAGUGCUACACAAUCACGUUCUCUAAUCAUGCAAUCAGUUUUGAAACUGAAGGAUACAACAACAAGGAUGGAUGUAGAAUGUUUACUUUUCACCGAUUUAUUAUUGAUAUGUAAACCAAGUAAACGUAUGGAGAAAUAUAAAAUUAUAAAACCUCCAAUGAGGGUCGAUAGGCUUAUAGUACAUGAGCUUAAAGAUAAAGGAAGUUUCCUCUUAAUUUAUCUGAAUGAGUAUUACAUUCCAAUCUCUGCGUUCACAUUCCAUGCAGAUCAGCGUGCUAUAAAUAUCUGGAUAGAACAUAUACGUAAAGCCCAGGAUAUAUAUCGUAAUCUGUCGACUGAAUGUAAGACUUCAGAAUCCUAUUAUGUACCAGUAACUGUAGAAGAGGAAAUUAUACGUGUGACUCCGUUACAUCAACCUGACGAUAAUCCUCCUGAUGUUGUUAUUUCUCGGACAAUUGCAAAUGGUGAUAGUUAUAUUACAAACGGUGAACCAAGUCCGUCUGAGCUUCUCUCACCGCAUGCAUUGUCGAAGUCCAGCUCAGACCAGGAUAUUAAGUCUCGACAUUUUACAGACAGUGUAACAAAAGAUGAUAUGAAAAAACACGGUAAAGUACAAACUUCUUAUUCAGUGCCAACUUUUGUGGAUAAUUCUCCCGACGAUGAACGAUUAAAAAUACCGUCAUCAAACGUUUCUUCCGCAAAUAGUGAUUCUUCAUUACCAGAUAUUGUGGACGAUAAUCUCAAAGCCAAAAUAAACCAAAGACGAUCAUCGAGAUCAGAAAAACGUUAUCACACGGCAGAUGCCAUUCAGGAUUUAAAUAGGAAUGAUGAUAAAGAUAACAGUAUUUAUAAAAGACUUUCAUGGAAUUUCGGAACUACAGAUCAGAAUGAAGAAAGACAAGGUGUUUUGAAACACAAAAUACAAAGUUCAGAUUCUCUCAGGAGUAUACAUAGUUCUAGUGGUGUUAGUUCGACAAAUUCAUUACAUUUAAGUCCAGAAGGUGAUAUUUGUGAAGAAUCAGACUAUAUGAGAGACACCAGUGAUAUUGGUACUAUAUAUGAAUCUCGGCACAGUGAAGAUGAUUAUCAUGAAAUUUCUGAACAUGACCGCACAAAGUCUAAAUCCACGACAGAUAUUGCUAUUCUAUUUAAAGAAUUGACUACUAGUGAAAGAAAAGAUGGAAUAUCCUCGGUUGACUUGCCAACAAUGGAUAAAACUAAAUACUCAAGUACACACUUGUUAAAAAUGAAACGUCAGUUGUUACUUAGUGCUGAUGUAGAAGCAAGUGAGGUAUAGCAUUUGAAUGGAAUACAAUGUAUAUCUGCAAUAACUGGGAUAUGAACACUUGGCUCAAUGUUCAGAUUGAUGACUGCACUGCAAUAUUUGGAUCAACAUUGGAAGGGAGAUAACUCAUCAUACUUCAUGUGAUUUUAUAUUCAUGUAUUUUUCCUAAUCUUUACCUUAUGCAAAUUUUGACCUGAAGACUUGACUUAUUAACCAGUUUAUUGAGGAUUUGUAUCAUCUUUUAUUCAUUUUUUUGUUAUGUGGUAAUAUUUAAUUACCAACGUAAAAUUGUUAUCGAUUCAACAUUGGAGUCGAAUUUAUAUAAUACAUAUUGGUUUAUUAACAGUUUCAAUGUAUCUGAACAUAUCUUCUCACAAAUGCAAACACCCAAAAUUUGUGAUUGGUUAAAAGGAUCCUAAAGAAUGGAUAUUUGAAUGAUUGCAUUACAUUAUUUUCAGUUUGGUGGGUAAAAAUAGAAAAUACCCAUAAUCCAUUAGAUAAUAAAGACUGAAUUCCAUUCAAUUCAAAGUAUAGUCUAAUAUUAUGAUAUGUGGAACCUGUGUUAGGGGAUAAAAAGUAAUGGCAAUUGGCAAAAAAUUAAAUUUCUUAAAAUUUGUUGUUAAAUAUCCACUGUUUAGGACUUUUUUUCUGAUAGAUUUUUUUUAAUGUUGUUGUUAAAUAUACUUGUAGUUACUCCUACUUUCCAGGUUAUUAUGUCAGCAAAUUUGUUCAGUUGAUGAGAAUGUUAAUAAUAAUUCAUUAAAUCUUGAAUUUUGUUAUUUCACUAACUAUUUAUUCGUUAAGAUUCGGACCUGCUAUGUUUACAUACAAUUUCUUACACAUUUUCCUAAGAUAUUGUUAAUAUUAGUGGUAUCUUAUAAGUUUAGAAAUUAAUUGUCAUUUCAGAAGAAAAAUCUCCAUUGUACUUCAAAUAGAUCUGAUUUUUUGAUUUCGCGUAUAUAACUUACAUCAUGUAAAAAGAAGUGCUAUCAAUAAUAAGUAAUCAUGACAUUCCUUGAGUCUGUGAUCAGUUUGUUUGUAAAACUAAAUAACUUAUUAUUUAGAAUAACAUACGACCUGAAAAUACCUAUUCAUAUCUCAGGACAAAGUGCUAAAGAGAAAAUUAAGUUUUGUUCAGUCAUUUCCUACCUUUUCAGGUACAAUUAUAUUGUUAUAAUUUAACCUUGUCACAGGCAUAAACAAUUGUCUCACUUAAAUAUGUGAUAAUCUAUAUAAUGGCUAUGUAUAGAUUGUUAUUUGAUGCUCACCUUGUUAUAAUUUGAAGUUCACAAUCGAAUAAGACAAAAUCUUUGAAUUUUACCAAUGCAGGCAACCUUCUCUUUACAAAAUCAAAAAGAUGAAUUUAAAAUUAAAAGCAUAUCAUAUGAUUUGAUAGGCUUUCUAGAUUUCCUGUAAUUCUCGUCCUAUUACAAAUUCUAGGUUCUUCACAGACUUUCAAACAGCGAUGUGUUAAAGUUGAUAAAAAAUUGAUUUUUUUUGUUCAAAAAUAUAAUUACAAAGUGUUUAAUUGUAAAACUUAUGUCUGUCUCUUUCUGUUAAAAUGGAAAUGACUCCUACAUAUCAAAGAGACAUAACUCCUAUAUAUCAAAGGGUCAUAACUUCUACAUAUCAUGACUCUAAUGAGACAUAUCUGUGUAUUCAGGUGCGCUUUUAUCCAAGAAUGUGUAUUUUUCAUCUUUUAUUGUGAUAAAAUGUGUGACAACAUUCCUAUAAUGACCUAUAUCAUGCAAUAUUUUUGUAACGUUGACAUAUCUUUUUGUGUAAAUGUAUAUACAUCUGGUGUCUUUCUUCAACAUUUUAUUUAUUUUGUUACCCAAUAUUAUACUACAUUUAUUCCUUGCACAUGGUUGUAAUAAAAAUAGUCCAAGAUUUUUCGAACGUUGUCUCAGACCAACAAAUAAUGUCUCCCCACGUUUAAAUUAUUUACAAAGCGGGAUAAUUCAAUUCAAAAUAUUACCUUAAUUUGUUACUUUGUUUAAUGCAAUUUUUAAGUUUACAUUGCACAGUGAAAGUAAUGUUUAUUCUCUUUUGUGCCCCACUCACUUUGAUUAAUAUGCCUUGUCAAAAAUGUUAAAGAGUAAAAUCCUAUACAAUACUAAUCUUGUUGUCUCAUUGGCAAUCAUACCAAAUCUACCUAUUAAAAAAUAAUAUUUCAUCUAAAACAAACUUUGCAGAAUAUGCAGAAAAAUGGACAUCUUUUUUGUAUAUACAUUACAGUAAAUCUGAUAUAAAAUAAAGUGUUAGACAAGGGUACCAAAAUCUGAUAUAAAAUAAAGUGUUGGACAAGGGUACCAGAUGUUGUUGUUAACAUAUCACAAUAAAGUUUCAUUGUCUUUCAGUAUCCUAUUUAUAGAAUUUGUAUGCAAGUUGAAAUAUUACUGGUUCCAUAUUUUUAAAAGUGUACAAUAAAUAUCAGAUAUUAUUUAUAUACAUCCCUGUGUUAAUAGGGUGUGAAAUUUAUGAAAAAAUAAAUAAAUGUUUCAGCAAUAUUAUAA